GGGCGGCCGGCUCCCCUUGAUCGGCGCCUGGGGAGGACGGGAAGGGUCCCUCCUCGUCCCCGGGCCUGCCUCCCUCCUCCUUCGCCCCGUCCCUCUCGCCUUCCCCAUGGUGGAUCGGGACCUCUGGGGCUGAGCCGAGCCCUUCCGAUGUGGAGGCAGGAUGGACCCCCGGGGGAGGAUGCUGGAGCCGCUGGUUCUCUACUUCAAUGCAGCCCUCCUGGUUUAUUUCCACGGUGCCGGCUUGACUCUGGCGGACGCAGACAGCCCCUCUGCUCCGGUCAACGUCUCUGUCAAGCUCUUGAAUGCCAACUCAGCCAUCGUGACCUGGGACGUCCUGGAAGAGGAAGUGGUCAUCGGAUUUGCCAUCUCCCAGCAGAAGAAAGACGUCCGGAUGCUGCGCUUCAUCCAGGAGGUCAACACAACCACCCGCUCGUGCUCCCUGUGGGACCUGGAGGAGGACACUGAGUACAUCGUCCAUGUGCAGUCCAUCAGCAUCCAAGGCCAGAGUCCGGCCAGCGAGCCCUUCCUCUUCAAGACCCCCAGAGAAGCCGAGAAGCUGGCUUCCAAAAACAAAGAUGAGGUCACCAUGAAAGAGAUGGCAGAGAAAAACCAGCAGCUGCGAGCCGGAGAAGUCCUCAUCAUUGUCGUCGUCUUGUUCAUGUGGGCAGGCGUGAUCGCCCUCUUCUGCCGGCAGUACGACAUCAUCAAGGACAACGAGCCCAAUAACAAUAAGGAGAAAGCCAAGAACACCUCUGAAAACAGCACCCCGGAACAUCAGAGUGGGGGGCUUUUGCGUAGCAAGUUUCCAAAAAACAAGCCCUCAGUGAAUAUAAUCGAAGCAUGACAGUCUGAUGGAUGGACCGCCCGGUCUCCUCCUCUCUCACCGUUUCCCCCUCCAAGGUUUGGCAGCUGGGGAGGUAAAAUAUUCUGGAAAGCACAGCUCUGCUCAGCCAGAGACGUCAAGCUCUCUCUCUCUCUCUCUUGGGACUCUUCAUCUUCGCUCUGGGAAAAGAAAGACCCAAGGGGAAGGACCCCCAGCCGGCCCUUGCCAAGAAGGGCAGGAGGAAAUCCCCACCAUAUAUUGAAACAGCAUGGCGGGGACAAAGCGUUUCCACAAGGGCAGAGGGCCAGUCUUGAAUCCCUGAAGGAUCCUGCGCACCCAGCGAAUGAGGAGCGACUCAAUGAGGUCCACCCUGAUCGGCCAUCUUGUCUCGCCCCACAACAUUUGUCGCUUGGGAAACGUCUCGUGUGCCGUGGCUGAUUUGCUUCCUUCUGGUCACAGAAGUAAGGGAUGGGCGCCUGGAUUCUGGGCACCCUUGCCUCCUUCUCUUCAGGGCAAGGCCUGCCGACAGACACCCCUUCCCUUGGACCCCCCCCCAAAAAAACCAAGCACCUCGGCCACAAAUCCCGUCCAGAACAUCUCGCCCCCUCGGUGCUGCUCAGCACAAAGCCACUGCUUGCGGGCGUCCGAGGCGGUUGGGUUUCCUUCUUUCAAAAACAGAAGCACAUGGAGAUUUUUUUCCACCUGGGUUCUCAGAAGGCCACUAGCUGUUGAUUAUAGCUUAUUUUGAGCUGUUGUGUGGGUUUUGUUUACUUGUUUUUCUUCGUUUGGGGUUUUCUUGGGUUUUUUUGUUUUUACUCUUGGCGUGUUGUACGUUGUUUCUCCUACCAGAUGAUUAACAGAGAAUGCAAAAAAAAAAAA